AUGACGUCGAUGAACUUCGUCACGUUCAACCAGGAUCAUACACAACUGGGUGUUGGCACCACCAAAGGCUACCGCAUCUAUGCCACCGACUCCUUUUACAAGACCUCCGAGUCGCGCGAGGGCGAUAUCUCCAGCUUGGAGAUGCUCUUCUCUACCUCUUUGGUUGCCCUCACGCUGUCACCGCGCAUCCUACGAGUCCACAAUAUCAAGCGACACUCGACUAUAUGUGAGAUGACUUUUCGCACUGCUAUCCUUGCGAUACGCUUGAACAGGAAACGACUCGUGGUCGUGCUAGAGACGGAGCUGUACAUCUACGACAUUGGCAACUUGGAGAUGAUCAAGACUGAGCCGACAUCGCCAAAUCCAAAUGCUAUUUGCGCACUCUCUCCGUCCUCAGAGAACAACUACAUUGCCUUCCCGACCCCGUCACCGGCACCGCCCGCUCCUUUCCAGGCGCCCUCCCAUGCUCCGCCCAAGCCCGAACACACGGCGCCAGAGAAGGGCGAAGUUCUCAUCUACGAUGCGACAAAGCUGGAACCCGUCAAUGUCAUACAAGCGCACAACUCACCCCUCUCCUGCAUCGCCAUGAACAGCGAAGGCACAUUAUUGGCAACGGCGUCAGAAAAAGGAACAAUAAUACGCGUCUUCUCGGUGCCUGGUGGCGAGAAGCUCUACCAGUUUCGCCGGGGCUCAAUACCCUCUCGGAUCUACAGCAUGUCAUUCAACUCUGCCUCUACGCUGCUCUGCGUAUCGUCCGCUUCCGACACCGUGCAUAUUUUCAAGCUAGGGGUACCCCAUAAGAACCGGAGUAGUAGUAUCUCUUCAGGGUCAGGCAGACCGCCAUCAUCGCGAGGCCGCAGCAGCAGCCGUGCCAGCGAAGAGUCGGCAGAAGUAUACGCCAGAGAAGACGGCAGCACAGCCGAGUCCUCUGAGCCGGAACGAAAACCGCUGAAUCCCACCUUGGCAAGCAUGCUACGGCGGACGUCGCAGACAGUUGGAAAGUCCGUCUUCGCGACUGUCGGUGGGUACCUCCCGAGCGCAGUGUCCGAAAUGUGGGAGCCAUCGCGCGACUUUGCCUGGGUUAAGAUACCGCGCAACGCUAACAGCUCGUUCACCGGCCCCGUAAAGUCUGUCGUCGCCAUGCGCAACGACGGCCCUCAGAUCAUGGUCGUCACGAGCGAUGGCACCUACUACAUUUUCAACAUCGAUUUGGAAAAGGGAGGCGAAGGGACGUUGUUCAAGAAAUACAACAUCAUCGAGCCCAACGAGCUCACGGGCGCCUCCCAAGAACUGCCAGACUAG